UCACGCUCAUCAAUUGAUCACCGUCCCCCACUUUCGAUCCAUUCAGCUUCUGCCAUAGCUCCGUUCACAAUGGUCUACACAAUCGUCGUCCACCUCCGCGCCCUCCCCCAACACGCCGAAACCCUCUCCCUCAAACUCAUCGAAGCAUCCCGGAUCUACCGCCAGGACAAGGAGACAAUCGAUUGGCACGUCAUGCGUGACACCGCUGAUCCUACCAAGUUUUGUAUUGUGGAGAGGUAUGAGAGGGAAAGUUCGCAGGAGUAUCACCUUAACAACCCGUACUGGAAGACGUUCGAUCCGUACGUGGUCCCGCUCUUGGCUGAACCUAUGGACCUAAGGAGAUUCGAGGAAUUGGACACGAGCAAGGACGUCGAGGUCCCGCCCAAGACCUGGUAAUCAUUUCACUUACGAAUACCCUAUCCUAAAACAUACCAAAACAUUAAUCACCUCCCAGAUGAUGGGAGAAGGAUCAACAAGUUACAACUCCCUCUCAAUCUCCGAAUU